UGACAUCUCAAUCAAUGUCAUUCAACUGGUUGUUUCUUUCAAUAACGAGCUCAUAACAAGCUUUGAACUGCAUGUCUUCUAUGCCAAUUUAGAUUGAUUGGUUGAUUUCGCAUGCCUCAAAUCUUCCGACACUUUAAUGUGAAAGGUAUUUAUUUGUGUAUCAUAAAAUAGAAGGAAGACACUUUAUCACAUAAUUAAUUGGUCUAGGAACUGACUCUGUAUAUAUAACUAUUUAAUUCGAAGAGCACAACAAAAACCAAGUUUUGCAUAGGAUAACACAAACAUAUUCCAGAUUUUAACACAUGAUUAUGCUUUUGAAACGUUUAUGUCCACUCACUUGCGAACGAACUGAAUGUAACCCAUCAAAAAUGAAAGAUCGUAUUAAGAACAAGAAAUAUAUUAUUUUAAAAAAACUACCAAGAUAGAUUUGUGUAGUGAUUUUUUGACUACGAGUUUACGUAUGGGAGACAUUGAGACUCUAAUAUUGUACCUGGAUGCAACAAUUGAGUGUAUAUAUUGUUACGAGUACAAAUGAAAUUAUCAGCAAUACAGAGCAGUAUGUUAUGCAGAUGCGGAUAGGUUCCAAUACAACAAUCAAAUCAUAAGCGAUGAACUUGGCUGAUAAAUUGACGACGGUAUCAGGGUCACCGACAAUUAUCGAUGAAACAGGCUUUUUUGAUCAACAUUACCAGUGUUCAUUCUACCAAAAGUGAUUAAUGCAAUAGUACAUAAUUCCAAAUUAGCAGCUAUAAUACCUCAAAAAUAUAAUUGAAUUGGUGUCAGCAAUACUUAAUGAACUCAUCACAAACACAGCGUGGAUUGACAGACUGCUCUCCACCCCAAGCGAGGAUGACUCGGUCCAGCCACUUGCAUAAAUUUGCAACAUGCCUAUUUGCCCAUUAGUUCAUUAGCUCAUUUCGGGUUGCGAAUUGAGAUCAGUCCAGUGAGAAAAGUGCUACUGGGUCCAAUCUAGCUUAGUGACGGUUUAGCAACCGGAGGGGGACAAGCUACCUGUUCUCGAGGACCUGACGCUCUAAAUUAACCGUGCCCGAUAGACAGCCACGCAUCCAAAUCUCACUUGGCGUUCUCUCCUGUUUAGGAUCUCAGAGCAGAUUUGCUGCAUCAUGUUCAAAAUCAAUCAAAACAAGUGUUACUUUUUCAUCAUCAUCUUCCACUUACUCCUGGCGACCGAAAAAUCCUGGUGCGAAUGUCAAGCCGAACGUGAGGGCGUCCUAGUGUCCACCUCGGCAGGGAAAGUGCUGGGAUUUCCGAUUGCAACGCGAUGGGGGAAAGUCGUCCAGUUCUUUGGGAUCCCAUACUCAGAAAUCCCCACUGAGAAGAGAAGAUUUCUCCCUUCGGUGCCCCUCCUUGGUCAAGAUUCCUCAGUUAACAGAGCCAGCGACCCCACCACCCAUCACAAUACGAGAUCUCCACCAGCAUGCAUUCAACCCGUUCACAACCCCGAAUUUUCCCACCCCUCAAUUCCGCAGGGUGGUGUGCAAGUAUCGGAGGACUGCUUAAGGAUGAAUAUUUACCAACCAUUUGACGUUUCGCCCAAGGAAAAGCUCCCAAUCAUGAUGUUUGUUCCUGGGAAUGGCUAUUCCUUUGCGGACAUGGUUCAAUACAAUGGUUCCGCUUUGGCAGCAGUGGGCAGGAUCAUCUUUGUAACUAUCAACUAUCGCGUUGGAGUCUUUGGGUUUGCAAGCAUGGGAAAUAGUACCCUUCCAGGAAAUGCAGGGCUGAGUGAUAUCGCCAGUGCCUUACAGUUCAUAAUUCACAAUGCCAAGGUGUUUAAUGGAGAUCCAAACCGUGUCACGGUGGGUGGAAGGUUUAGUGGAGCUAUGGCCAUCACAACUUUGAUAGCAUCACCAUUAUUUUACCGAAACGGUAACUUGACUCAACCUCUGGCCAAACGCGUAAUCAUUCACGGAGGAGCAGCAACGUCCGAGUACACCGUCGAGAACAACCCUUCCGAACUUUUCUCCCAGUUUGUAGCCGAAACUGAGUGUGUCAGGAAUGGCAGCAACGAAUCACUCGCCUGUCUGCAAGAAUUGGACGUUGAAAAACUGCAAGAAGCUGGUGAAAAGUUUAUUGGAGAGUGGAAACCGGCCAUUGACGGAGUUACAGUGCUCAGAAAUCCUCUUACGUCAAUCGAGUUUGGAUAUUUCUCAAGUGACAUCUCUUUCCUCGUGGGCGAUAAUUUGGACAGUGGUUCAAUUUGCUAUGAUGCACUGAAAUAUAUGAAGUCUCCCGUUUUGAACAACUUUGACAGAGAUUCCUUGACAGAAUCUCAGUUUGGCUAUUUGGCUAACAACAACAUAAAAGAAUUUUACAAAAUUGACGACCCUCGCCUGAUAACUCUUACUGCGCAUGAAUAUUAUUUCCGUCAAGAAAUUCAGGCUCGAAAAUCCUGGCGUGAUGCUUUCCUCCGAUUUUGUGGGGUUCUGUAUGUUAGAAAUCCUGUCGAAUCAUUUGCAAGAUAUGCCUCAAGACUUAAUUCCGUCAUUUAUCGGUACGAGUUUGCAUAUCGCCCUUCCACUUCGAUUCAUCCACCAUAUUUUGAGGGAGCCUUGGGAGAUGAAAUCAUCACCUUGUUCCCCACCAAUUCUACCACAUUUGACGAACUGGAUCUCAAAAUCACAAAAGAUCUCUUGCAAGCAUGGACAAACUUUGUUAAGACCGGAAAUCCCUCCUCCUGGACAACCUGGCAUAAAUUUAACGAAAUCAACAAAACGUUGACUGGCAUUACUGGGAACAGACUUGAACUGUCGACCACCAACAAUCUGGAUGCAGACGUUGACUUCUGGCAUCAAGUGUUCCUCCCACUUCAGAAAAUUCUCUCUGCUCCUCAAACUCGACGGGAAGCUGUACCCGUGACGGCAAUGGCUCCUGUUCGACCACGUCCAGCCGAACGUGAGGGACGACUUAGCGUGCUGCACAUAAGUUUGACCAUAAUUGGCCUUACAUUGCUUAUAACGACAUUCCUCUACGUAUUUCUGAUCAGGGAGCGUGGACGAGGGCACAAGUGGUACAAUUGGUAAACUUGUUAAAUGAUACAUGUAGUGGAGUAUCAAUACCUAAAUAUUUAUGAAUUCGAAGUUCUUACUUAUCUAUGCUAAAUUGCCUUCCAAUAAAGUUUUUUAGUUCUGUAUGCAUUUAUCUAUGUUUAAAUAAAUUUGAUAGUUCGUUCUUACUUUUACA